AUGACGGCGAAGAGAAACCGUAAGAAGCCCCGUGCUUCCAAGGUCUCAGAUUCCGACAACUUAUUCCGAUCCAUUGCUUCAGCGAUUGCAUCCCCUCAGGUUUCUAAGCAGCCAAUUCUGAAACGAUUGGUGUACCUUCUGGGUCAUUUAUCAUUAACUCAACCGUUAAUUUGGGAGAAUUGUGACGGCGCUUCACAUUCUUGGGAAAUCAAGUUUAUUGGAGAGCAAGUGGAAGUGAUCAAUUUCGAGGAUGUUUGUAACCUCUCUGCUAUUUUGUUCACAGAGCUUGAUAAGAGUUUCGAGAACCUGUUCUCAGCUUUAUUCAAACACAAGGCUGAAACUUGUCCCACGUUUGCAAAUGCAGAAGAGAGUGUUGAAUUAGCCACUCUAUUCUUAAGAUGUUGUUUAAAGGUCAUGGCUUUACUUAUGCCCAAACAAGAUCUCGUUCUGGAGAAAUCCCAAACUCUUCUCUCAAUCCUCAGUCGAUUGAUUCGUGCAAAGAAUGAGGAUUGUUCUUUUGUAUUCACGCAUGACAGACUUUUAGAUCCCCGCUAUACAUUUCUUUGUACAGGACUUGAGGUUUUCAUUGACGAGAUUUUGGUGAGUAAGUCAAUCAGGGAUCUGCUUUUCCUAGUCGAUUCUGCAUUCUCCUCAUGUAGACUGUUUAGUAAUCAUGAUACGGCAAGAGUGAUGGAAUUGGUUUCUGCUCAUUUUAUCUUCUCAAUGUCUGAUGAGAAAGUGCAUAAAAUGUAUGUUGAGGGAUUAUCCUGGAAGCAAGUUCAUGCGGGUAGAACGCCUCAAAUAAGCUUCAAUGCUGCUGCGUCCUUGCUGUCAAACCCUGUGAUGUUAUCUGCACCAAGAAUGAUUCAUGCCUAUGUGGGUUUAUUGGUUUCUGAUGCCAUCAGUAUUUGUUCACCUCCAUGUGUUAAGGAAUUAGACCUUCAGCUUAUUGAUCGCUAUAUUGAUGCAUUUGAAAAGUCUGUUGUUUUAUUCACAUGGCACAUGUGUAAGGGUGAGAAUGCCUCAUCUGGGAGAUUUGGUGUUUCGACGAGUAGCUCUUGGGUGGCUUUUGAACAUCUUCUUUUGCCUUCAACACUGGAGAAAGUUAAUCAUCUCACACUGAAGCUAAAGGAUUCAUGGAGUUCAUAUCAAAUUAACAAUGUCAAGAGAAAACAUGAUGAGCUGGUAUCUUAUUCUGUUGCAUACGCAAAGGUCAGCUUAUAUGUAUUUGAAAGCUCCUGCUCUCAAAAUAUGUUGUCGCAGACCUUAUCAAUUCUUGCUUCUGUGAUACUUAGAGCUAGUUCUGAUGAUGUCAUGGAUACUGUUUUGGAAAAGUACAACGCAUGUAGUAUUGAGGAUCUAUAUCUGCUUUCAUCCACACUGAAAUUGAUGAGUUGUUCGAUGUUACAAGCCAUCCGGGCUCUGAGGGAUUGGAACUUGCAUCCAUCUGAAGCUGUAGGAGAUGUUCGAGAUUGCAAGGAAUACAAAGCCAUGAUGGAUAUUGUUCAACGUUUUGAACAGUUCAGUGUUCAUUUGCCCAGUCAAAGUUUCCUCUGCGAUAAAAUGGAAUCUCAUCCUCACAGACAUGUGAAAUCUAAGUGGAUGCUUAUGCAUUUUUUGGGCUUACUGUCUAUAAGCUUUGCACUGAAGCUUGACUUUCUUGUGAAGGACUCCAUUUUUGGAAUGGUGGUAUCUUUAUAUUUAUUUAUCCUAGAAGGGGGUGACUUGGAAGCACUUGAGGGUUCAGUUUGUCACUCAGAAAAUCAGUCAUCGUCCGUACCAUCCAGUGGUUCCAAAGACUCGGCAGCUUCAGGUAAAGCUGAGGAGACUGCAGUAGAUAAGAAACGGAGCGGGGCGAUUGCUUUGAAGUUUCAAAAAACCCGAACUUUGUACUUGGGGAAGUUGUCUAAAGCAAAAGAUCAAGAGGAAGGUUCGGAUUCAGGAAUUGGUGUAGAAGAGGAAAGCUGCAAUGGGGAGAGUUUUCUAUGGUGUUUGACCGAGAAACGCAGUGACGUGGAUGACUUGGCAGAUUUCAUAGCUUGUGAGCCCGGUAAGAAUUACUCUGAUUGGCUAAAAGGGAGAGAACGGUUUCGGAGUCAACGGUGGAAGUCGAACAAGAUUGCUAUUAUAAGGUGGAACAAGAAGAAAAAAGCUUGGAGAGAGAAUAGAAGAAAGAUUGUUUAA